AUCUGCUCCCGGGGCUUACCGGGACAAGGACACGGGGGGGGUCCCGGGGGUCCCUUCCCGCUCCGCUCCCCCCACACCCCCAUCCCGGUAACCGGGCCUCACUGCGCAUGCGCGCCGAGAAGCUGCUGGAAGGGCAGCGGGCGGUGGUGGGGGGGCCUCGCCGCGCACGCGCGGUGGCGGCGGCGGGAGGAGGCGGCGGCGGCGGCGCGCGCGGGGCGCGGGGAUUUUGCUGCGUCACCACGGGCCGAGCGCGCGCGGGGCAUUGUGGGAGCGAGGCCGCGCCGAGCCCCGAGCCCGCCCGGAGCCACCGGAGCCUCCACCGGAACCCCCGGAACCCUCCCGGCACCGCCUCCACCGCCACCCGCACAGCCCGCAGCUCGAGCCGCACCCCGCAGCAGCGCCCCGCCGGAGCCGUCGCCAUCCGCCAUGCAGCCUGCCUCUGCAAAGUGGUACGACCGGAGGGACUACGUCUUCAUUGAGUUCUGUGUUGAAGACAGCAAAGACGUAAAUGUAAAUUUUGAAAAGUCCAAACUCACGUUCAGUUGUCUUGGAGGAAGUGAUAACUUUAAACAUUUAAAUGAAAUCGAUCUUUUUAAUAAUAUCGAUCCAAAUGAAUCAAAGCAUAAAAGAACAGACAGAUCCAUCUUGUGUUGUUUACGAAAAGGAGAGUCUGGUCAGGCAUGGCCAAGGUUAACAAAAGAGAGGGCAAAGCUCAACUGGCUCAGCGUGGACUUCAACAACUGGAAAGACUGGGAAGAUGAUUCAGAUGAAGACAUGUCCAAUUUUGAUCGCUUUUCUGAGAUGAUGAACAACAUGGGAGGAGACGACGACGUAGACUUGCCAGAAGUAGAUGGGGCAGAUGAUGUGAGUAUGUGGGUGUAGUGAACACCUGCAGGUCCUGCACUCACCCCUCAGCACUAAAAAGGGCUUAAAUAGCCCCAAACUUUCUUUGCACAGGUGAUGUCACCUGGGGAGGCCCUUUCCCUCCCCUCUCAGCACUGCUGGGGACACCAGUGUGGUGUGUGUGUCCCUCUGCAGUGGCUGGGGUCUGCACUGAGGCCACACUGAGCUCCUCAAAAUCCAGAUUUGGGCUCACUGAGCUCCUCAAAAUCCAGAUUUGGGCUCACUGAGCUCCCCAAAAUUCAGAUUUGGGAGCAGCAGCUCUUUG